CGUAAUGACGUCACGGGGCCUGUCGGGCAAGAGGAAGCAGAAAUAACAACAACAGCAGGGCGACCGAAUCGAGCAACGAGGCCGGCCAGAGUUGUCUCAUUUUUUCUGGGUGAAGUUUUGGCACACACCACGAAUCAAGAGAGUCGUUACUUGGGAUUUUUUGUUUACUCCGAGUCAAAGGAUGUCUUUGUUCACCAAGAUUUUUGGUACCGGUGGUAAGGGGGGCAAACCCCCGACACCUCAGGAGGCUAUCCAGCGACUUCGGGAGACCGAGGAGAUGUUGACGAAGAAACAGGAAUUUCUGGAGAAAAAGAUCGAACAGGAACUCAUUACGGCAAAGAAAAACGGCACUAAAAACAAAAGAGCUGCUUUGCAGGCCUUGAAACGCAAGAAGAGGUAUGAGAAGCAGCUGGCUCAGAUUGAUGGCACACUCUCCACCAUUGAGUUCCAGAGGGAGGCGCUAGAGAAUGCCAACACAAACACCGAAGUGUUGAAGAAUAUGGGCUUUGCGGCUAAGGCCAUGAAAGCCGCCCACGAAAACAUGGACAUAGACAAAGUGGACGACCUAAUGCAGGACAUCACAGAACAGCAGGAGCUGGCACAGGAAAUUUCAGAUGCCAUUUCAAAACCUACGGCAUUUGGGGAGGACUAUGAUGAAGACGAACUCAUGGCAGAAUUGGAGGAGCUGGAGCAAGAAGAAUUAGACAAAAACCUGCUGGAAAUUGGUGGCACAGAGAAUGUACCAUUGCCGAAUGUACCAUCCACAUCCUUACCUGCAAGACCAGCUAAGAAAAAGGAAGAGGAAGAUGAGGAUGACAUGAAAGACCUGGAAGCUUGGGCUGAGGCCAUGUAGCUGGAGCUAUGAAAUCAUCCUUAUUGUCACCUUAAACAGAUGGAAAGAAAGGACUUUGGUUUAGUGUGCUUGUUUUGCAUUUUCAGAAGAUACUCAAUAAAAUAAAUAAAAAUUCUCCAACAUCCAUAGCUCUCAAUGUCAACCCAAAGCAGUAUAGAGUGGUGAUGGAUUACCUUUAAAAAUAGGGUAAGUCUGUUUAUUAAAAAAAAAAAAAAAAAAAGAUGCCCCUUCUGAUAAGGAAUUUUGUCUCUAUUUGACCUACUUAGUACUGUACAGUCACUAUAAAGCUAAGUACAGUCCUCUGUGGAAGUCACUGACUUGCAUUGUGCAUCUUGGAUUUAAAAGAAAAACAAUGGGAACAGCAUAAACUAAACAUAAAGGCAUUGCUAUCAGGAACUCUACAUGGCUAAAGUCAUUUUUGUGAGGUUUUCAGUAAUGAUCCUUUCUUGAGUUUUAUUUCACCAGAUUUUGCUUCCGAAGUACUUUGGCACUAAAUGUUAUAUACACAAUUAUACUUCAUGGUUUUCCUGUAAAAAGAAAAAGUCAGUAAUGGUAAGAUUAAAUAUGAGUAUGUAAAGUCUACUACUUUGAGUUAUUCAUCGUAAAACUCAAUUUGCAAACUGGUCCUUACAAAAUACAGCCAACUCUGCAACCUGCAAAACAUGUUUGAAGCGGGCUAUUCUUUGUGAGAAUUAACUGUGUGUUUGUGUGUGCGCGUGUGUGUGCCUCAUGAAAACAACACUAGAAAGUGUUUAAAAUAUAAAAAAAGCUUUCGGAUAAAGUUUGGUCUAGAGUUUAAACAUUUAUAAGAAUUAUUAAUGGGGUUUUGUGCUGGUUUAUAAACCUAGAAUAAAUGAUUGUAUUAUUCCAGUCACAUUUUGAGAAUAAUGGUUAUUUAAGGUUAUGACUUUUGUUAACUUUCCCUAACAUUUUGUAGCUGAUUUCUAGUGUUUAGUUUUUUUCCAUAAUAGUCUAAUAUUCCCAUAAACCAUGUAAAAUAUGUAUAUUCUGUCUGUAAAGAAAAAAAAGCCACUUUGACAUGUUCUGUAAUACUUAAUAGUCUUUGUUUUCCAGGCUUUCGGCCUUUAUUCCUCAUUGUUUGUAUCUUAUUUCCUUUCUCUCAGUCUUCCCACUUAUCAACACCUGCCCUUGUUUUUAUGAUACACCAGAAUUAAACUUU